AUGAACAGCAGAAGGUUUUUUAGGUGAAAAGGAAGGAAAAAGAGUAGGAACGAUUGAACGAUCGGGACUUUGUUGUGACAUUUCAUGUUAUUGGAAAUGGAGGACUUCGGGGAGAUUCCGGUUGAAGUUCAAUUGAAUAUUGAUUCACCUCAAAUGACUGAUGAACCCGAAAAUACGGGAGCUCCAAGUGACAUCAAACCAUCCCUUCAAGCCGCCACCAGAAAAACGAGAAGAAGCAGGAGGAGUAAAUUAGCAUCGCAGAAGUCAGAGUAUGUUAAGAUGGAAUGCAAUCUGUGUUCGUUUGAGACUAACGAAGGUCGCAAUGCCUUACAAAGUCAUUUCCUUGACGACCAUUCCAAAGAAGACUUGGCUUCUACACUUAUAUCUAUAACCUAUCCAGAUGCACUGGAAGACAGUGCCAAUGAAUCACCUGAUUCUAUAAGGAGUGCCACAAAGAGGAGUGCUUCUCUUCAUGCCUGUCCAGUUUGCCAGAAAAACAUAGCAGGAAAGAACAAUUUAGAAAAACAUUUGAUUCGACACAGUUCUCAAAAGCCAUUUAAAUGUGAUGAAUGUAAGAAAAUGUUCAGUGCUAAGCGUGAUCUUCAGCUCCAUGAAAUGAGACAUCACUCCAAAGAGAGACCACAUGUGUGCCCCACCUGCAAUAAAGGCUUUGUUGAUAAGGCAUAUUUGAAAAAGCAUAUGACCUUUCAUGAUCAAUCUAAAUUCUAUGUGUGUGAAACAUGUGGAAAAUCUUUCAACAAUGUAUUGGGAUUGGCAAAGCACUGCAAGACACACAGUCAAGAAAGGCCUUACAUGUGUGAGAAGUGCUCCAAAUGCUUUCGGGUCAAGUAUGACUUGACUGUCCACAAAAGAAAUGUACACAAGGAGGCUCAAAUCCAACAAAAUGAACCAGAUUCAUCAACAGUAUAAGCUCCAGUGAUGAAAAAUGUCAAGGUCUCCAGUAUCAUAUCCAAAAGAUUGAAAAAACUGUAGCACCUUGUUCUGAUCCGCAUUCUUCAACUCUUGCAUUUUUUUUGCUGCAAAAAGCAAUUGUUCUCGAAUGUUUGUUAUCUGCUUAUGGAUGAAUGAUGGCGAGACGUCCUCCGCCAACAAGAUGUUCUCCAAUCGAUUUACAAUACAUGAUGCUGUUGGAGGAAGAGACAAA